AUGUACAGGGACAUCAAAGGCAUCAAGAUCACGCUUCGGCUGUCGCACCUGUCGGGCGCGUCAAGUGCGACGAGCGGCCAGGGGAGUGUGGUAAUUGUGCCAGACUGCGCUUGGUUUGCUUGGGCUAUGGAACAUCACCAAGAAAUCAAGUCCGAAAUUCUUCACAGGAACCUAGAGGAAGUUCCAAAAGAAAAAGAACAUAUCGAUCCUGCACAGCAUGUCGUGCCUCGAAAACAAAAUGUUCAGGAGAACGCCCAGCAUGUCGAAGGUGUCAGAGCAAGGCCGUCGCUUGUUCAAGAUACCCUUCUCACUCCGCAGGAAAUUCCUGGCGAGUCUCCUGGGAAUCUCCCGCAGUCAACUCCAACGCCGGUUCUUGGGAAACAAGCGACGCCGCAAUCUCCAUGCCCUUCAUAUCGUCCCUCCUUUGAAUCGGACACAGUCGAGCCGCCGAUACCAUCGCUCGCUUGGAUAAAUGAGCGUCAGCUACCAGGUACUUGGAAAAUCAGAUUACUUGUCGAAGAAUACUUCAACAAUAUUCACCCCUUACGCUGCUUUGCUUUCAUCCACCGACCUACAUUCUUGCAGAGACUGGAUAAGGAUUCGACAAAUCAACAUCAGCACAGCGCCUUGCUCCAUAUAAUCUGCGCCCUUGGCGCCCAGUUUUACGCACUUUCCUACAGUGAGACAGUAACGCCGCUUCCAUCGAAAUUUAUCCUCCUGGCGGGAAAUGAGUGGGCCAAAAUCGCCCAAAGACUUAUCCUUGAGUCUUUGGAUAAUGUCACAAUUGAGAACUUAAGAGCAGCUGUCUUGCUAAAUGACUAUGCGAUCCGUAUGGGGAAUUUUGCAAACGCCUUCAUGCUGAGUGGUAUUAUCACACGCAUGACCCAAGCCUUGCAGAUUAACUUGGAGUUCAACACCGAUAUUCUUUGCCAUAAUAUUGAUGUUGGCCUUUCUGUAACGGCCAGAGAAUCUCGUCGGCGACUGAUGUGGAGUUGCUAUGUUAUGGAUGCUCUUGUUGGAAGUGGAGUGGAUCAGUUGACUCUAAUUGAUGAGAAAGACAUGAAAAUCCAGCUACCUUGCAAUGAGCGAAGCUUCACUCAGCAGAUCCCGUGUCUCACUGAAACACUGGAGCCUGGCAGCUGGUUGAGCUUUUUUCCUGAAGGAGAGGACUCAGGCGCUAUCCUACCGAAUAUGGGCAUUAUGGCAUACUUUGUUCGCCACGUUGCAGUUCGAAAAAAGGUUCUGAGAUACAUUAAACACCUUGAUGAUGCCAUGGUCCCAUGGGACCCUCAAUCUGAAUUUGCAGCGCUGGACGCAGAUUGUCGCGCAUGGUACGAAUCCUUACCACCAAGUUUGCAGUUUACGCCCAACGCAAUAUACAUCAGAAAGGACUCUUCGCAACUUGGGGCUCUCUGCGUCCUGCACUGUGCACACUAUCAAACGAUAUGCGAUUUAUACCGAUUAGGAGCUCCAGCCCUUUACAAGCUACGGGCUGCCUUUGAAUUUCCUCCUGAACAGCAAGAGUUUCUGAAACAUCUCCAAAAGGUCCUCUUUGAUGCGGCAAGGACACUAGCCAGUAUCAUUGGGGAGACUGCCCAUCAUGGCUCCCACAUGCUAGCAGAUUCUUGGCUUCCGACGAUCACAUACGACAGCUGUCGGAUUAUGGUCUAUCAUUUGACCCAGAUUCUAGAUCCUCGAGCUGAAGAAACGAAAAGAAUCACCAUUGAAACAAUCCCCCUCUUACGAAGUAACAUCCAUUCCCUGAGACUCAUGGGAUCUCUUAGUAUGAUUUCCAACUCUUUGUGCUCUGCAGCUGAAACCAUGCUUGAUCGCUCGGGGAUAGGAUCAGAUGUUGUCGCGCAAAACAGCAUACCUGAUGAUCCUUACCAGCCCAACGGAGAGGAGGCCGAGAUUGAGAGCGUUCCUGGAACCCCAGUGCAGAGUGCACCAGACUAUGUACUGAAUCCCUUGUCCAUUUUUCGAAUGGCACGCAAGUCUAUCCCAGAGAGACACGCCCCCGAGAAGGCUGUAUCGUCGUCAGCCCCGAAUAGUGCUAAGCCUAACUCUACCACUGAUACCGACACGCCAUCGGGUGGCCCAAUACAACAAAGUGCAGGGACUGAUGAUUCCCAUGACCCUGAACUUGGAUUGGGCCAGGCAAGCCUCGAGGAGCUUCAGACACUGUUCAUGUCUGAUCUGGGCUGGGCGUGGCAACCGGCAGAUACCGCAGUAGGGUCAGGUAUUGAGGCAGCUGGACUACUACCAUGGGCUGGUGGAUUUUCCACCACUCAGGCAGAGCACUGGGUACCAGCAUUCCCAUUCUCGCAAGGUGCCUCCAUACGAGAAUCCUAUUGA